AAAGAUACAUGCCAAGUUUCAUAUAUUCAUCUAAAAAUUUCCGUAUGCAAAGGAUACAAUUUACAAGGAAAUUAUAAAAAAAAUAUAUUUCAUAAUAGUAUGUAUAUUAUUAUAUCUGAAUAUAUAAAUAAUAAAUAUAAAUUUCAAAAAUACAUAUCAUAUAUAAAUAAUUAUAAUAAUAAUAAAUUAUAUGUAAAUCAUAAUAUAGAAAAAAAUAAUGUUAUGAAUAUAUAUAAAUAUAUAAAAAAUGAAUCACAAAGGGAUCAAAUAGGUGUACAUACAUAUGGUAAAAAAUUUAUAGAACAUCAAAACAAUAAUGGACAUGAUGAAAAUGAAGAUUAUUAUUAUGAUGAAAAUGAAGAUUAUUGUUAUAAUGAUGAUAAGAAUUAUUAUUAUGAUGAUGAAGAAGAAAGUGUAAAAAAAAUAUUUAUAUACAACGACACAGAGAGAGAAAUCCUUUUUGAUAUAUUCGACAUGAGCGAAAUGAUUUACAUAAUAAAAAAG